GCUCGCUCUGCUCUGGCCUCUUUAGUGCCUCAGCCCUUGGGGUGUCUUGUAGCGCACCCAACCUGCGGGACUACGUACGCACGCAUCACCACCACCACCGAAAACCACCUCUGUCACCGGGCAGUCUGCCUUGCCAGAUUGGCAUGUUUGAGCUGUUCUCUAUGCCGGCAGUAAAGAGAUUUUCUGUGUCGUUUGCCAGGCAUCCGACUAAUGAGCCCUCAGACGAGCUCCAAGUAGUCAAGCUGCUGGAGGGGCUUCCCGCUGAGCCGGCCCUGCUGGGGUUUGCCCCUCUGGCUGUGGACGGGGCCAUGGCCCAACACCUUCGCCACUGUCCCUACCACCUCCGUCGCCUCAAGAGCUGGCUGAUGUCUGGUCAGGAGCUGCCAGAAUCCCUCCACGGGUUUGAAGGCUGCUCCAUGGUGCCCUCUAUCUACCCGCUGGAGACGCUGCACAACUCACUCUCACUGAAGCAGGUGGACGAGUUCCUCAACACGAUGUGUGAGAGCAGCAGCGAAGCCCACGCCAAAACCAUGAAAGCGCUCUCCAGCCUGUUCGACUCCCAGAGCCAGACGUCUCUCUACAGCCCUCAGCAGCCUCUGUCCUCCUCUGGAUCUGAAACAUCUCUUCGGCCAAGCCGACCACUGUGGUAUGGCAGUAUCCCCUCCAGUGCUGUAUCCAGUGCAGGUCCCUCCUCCCCAAUCACAGAGAGCUCCGGUUUGAACUUCAGCUUCAGUGAGUAGACGGUCUGUCUGGAAAAACACAAGGACUUCUGGGUAUCUAAGGGCACGAUUUGAAGACUUGUUUGUCUGCCUCUCUGUGCUUUCAUUCAUCUUUUCCCCUGCCCUUCUGCUCACAUUCACAACAAACACUGGAGGAGAUGCUGAUUUUGGAGCGAGUCCAAGCAGUCGGACUGUAAAUAUAAUCACUCAAACUGUACACGGACUCUUCCACUGCGCCCCUCGUACAUCUGAUCACCACACCCUCUCGCCAGAAAGAGACAACACACCUUCAACGGUGUCACUCAUCUCUCACCACCUCCGUGCUCCUCUUCAGUUGGCCGACACAUUCACAAACCAGCUCAGCUCAGAACAGUGCUUCAAGCCAACAUUCACACCGGUUGUGCCUUUAGUUUAAUUUGGAUGCUGCCUAUGCCAAAACAACAACAGUGCCUGCUGUUUGUGUUUUACCAAAUGUAAUCACCAAAUGACACGCAGCUGCCUCAGUUUUGACCUUAGACAUGUACGACUCAAAUGCAUUACAGACUGACAGAGUGUUAACUGUCAUUGAUUUGCAUUUGAAAUAGUUUUUUUUUUUUUCCAUCCUCACUGUUUUGUGGCAGAAAUGUGGUUGGCCAGUCGCAGCCAACCCUGACACAAAACAGGGAGUUGUUUUUUGAAAUUCAAGUGAAAUUUAGUACUUUGAUAAACAGUCUGUGGUGUGUUUCAGCUGCUAAUGUCUGUAAAAGGCUGAAAGUUAAAGCGUAAAGGAAUAGUUUAGCAAAAUACGCUUAAGACUAUUCCUUUAAAAAUAUAUACACAUUAUAGACAACUGCACAUGUCUGGUUUAUAAAAGUGAAUCUGCUUGAUGAGGUUGCAGAUUAAAUUCCGAAAUAAUGGACCUUAAUCUGAGGCUAUUCUGAACAUAAAUCUGAUAUACGAAGAUAAACAUCAUGCAAAUAUCAGGUACUUUUAUGAUUUCAGAGAUUACAAACUGAUUAGUCUUGAGAGGAUUUUAAAGUUAUACAUUGGCCCGCUUUGGUACCUGCUACAGUCCGUUCAGUUUACUUUAUACAACCAAAAUAACGAGAAAAAGUGUAAAACCCGAGCCAGCUUGAUCAAACUGUAUUUGUCUUUUCAAUGGUAUUCCGUUGUUCAGUGGAAACACAAUUUAUCUGUAAAUGUGCCUCUAAUUGACUUUGAAAGAAAUAUUUAAGAGAGUAUUGUAGACACUGUGGGUUUCCUGCUGUAUUUUUAUUAUUUUGUAGGGGUUUACAAAUCACAAUUGAUUUCAAGAAGAUCUGUGGUAUAGUAGUAUUUUGGAAUUAAAGGGAAGAACCACUUGAUUAAGUGAAUAGUAUACAUGUACUUUUACAUAAGGACGACUACCUGUUUGUGUCUGCUGUCAAACCAAAUUACAUGUUUAUUUUAAUGUUGAAUUAAUCAAAUGAUUGUUUCUAAUGAUUUAAUGAGUGAUACUCAGGUAGACAUAUCAUGAAUCUACAGAUGGAAAUUAGUUUUAUCAACAUUUGACUGAACUGGGGGUCAAGUCACUUUCAAUUAUUUUGAAAAUGAAUAAAUUCAGUGGUGAAUUUAGUAGUUUACGCUCCAAAGAAAUACUUUUAUUACUUUGACCAAAACUUUAUAGUAUUAAAGCUCUACCAUAAAACCAAGACCUGAUGUUUUAUUAUUGUAGAGCACCAUGAUAUUAUGUUCAGGCAGUUUUGUCUGCGACACGUAUAAAUGGGAGAAAUAACUCCCCGUUCAUUUCAAGCUGGUUAAAUUGAAAAUUAACUGACCCCCAAAACCUAGUUACACUUCCUGUAGAACAAAUGUGUGUGUAUAUAUUUUUUAGUCAUCAUGGAAAGACUUUUAGUUUUAGAUUUGAAUAGGACUAAUGAUUAUUUUUUUUAACCGAACAGUGGGUUGAUGUAGGUAAUUUUAGUUGUGUAUUUAUGUGAUUAUUUAAUGUGCUAUUUAAUGUCAGCCAAAGAGGUGUGUUUUAUGAGUUUGGCUGCUGGAGAACAAAGUCGAGGUUUAAUGUGUGUAAGAGUUCUGUCGAUCUCUAGAGGUUCAGGUUGGGCUGUAACGGUGGAAAGAGGAAGAUGAA